GCGCGAACAUUGAUUUGCGGGCGCGCAUUGCCAGAGCAAUGCGCACUCGUGGCAGCAGCAAGCUAGAGGUGACCUGGGUGCCCUCACACAGCGAGGGAGCACCUGGCCUGGCUUCGGACCCCGUCCGCUACUUCCACACGGUCGGCAGCGCAGCGGCUGACGCGUGGGCAGGCGUAGCCGCCCGAGUCUCCUACGAGGCAGCUCACGUAGGCCAGGCGCCUCCCACGGACCUGCAUGACGCCCAGUGCGCCCCAAUCCGCAGGAGGGCGCGCAGGGCGCUUGCAGACACGCUUGCAGUUGACCCCUGGGUCGCGGAGCGACCCUCGCAGGCCAAAGGCCCACGUCUCACAAAGCUUCAGCUAGCCAUGCAGUCGAGCCAGCAGUCCUUCGAGCUCCGCGCAGGCAAGUACCUGUGCACACGUUGUGGGCUCCCUACAGACCUGUGGACAGUGCGGCAGGCAUGCGCGACGCCCUGCCAUCACAAGCCGCCGCAGCCUGCGGCCAGCGAUCAAGUGGUGCCAGUACAGGGCACCGCUACCAUCUGCGGGCGCGAGCUGCACUCCUCCCACAAGCUACACUACAUGCAGAAGUACUGUAUGUACUUGUGCCGUGAAUGCGGCAAGACGGGUACGCAGGACCCACGCCAUCGUGUCGCGCCCUGCAUGGGAAUCACCAGGAAACGGCGAGAAAACAUCGCCAAGAUUGGCAGCGGACUGUUUACCCGCGCCCACGCUGGGCGCGACGGACUGACCCGAUUCGUGCGGGCGGCCACCCACGGCAUGGCCGUGGAGGAGUGCAGUGCAGCCGCCGCGCUUGCAGCUGUGCCCGCAA